AUGAAUCCCGAGAGAAAGAACAUCCACAAUUACAAGUUCGUGGAACCUCAGUUGGCUGUCUUGAGAGGACUUGGGGCACAUUUAGACAUGGGACUCAAAGAUGAUCUCAAGGCGUCUUAUGGUAACCUUCUGGGAAUUCUGAACACCAAAGUCAACAUCACUACUAUGCACACUCUGGUGCAAUUCUACGAUCCUCCAUUGAGAUGCUUCACAUUCCAAGAUUAUCAGUUGGCACCUAUGUUGGAAGAGUAUUCACACAUUCUGGGUAUAAGGAUCAAGAACCAAGUGCCUUACGUUCGCACUAAGGAACUUCCCAAAUAUCAAGACCUUGCUGAAGCUCUACACAUAGGAAAGAAGGAAGUGGAAUUAAACUUGAAACCUAAGGGUGGAAUUCAUGGCUCCACCCCUAAGUUUCUAGUGGACAAAGCCAUUGCCUUCUCCGAAGCUGGGAGUUGGACGACCUUCAACGUCAAUCUAGCUCUACUUAUCUAUGGGAUCAUGUUGUUUCCGAAUAUGGAGGAAUUCGUAGAUCUAGCUACUAUUCAUAUCCUCCUAACUCAGAAUCAUAUUCCUACUCUUGUUGCUGAUACUUACUACUCCAUCCAUGUGAGGACUCAGAAGAAGAAAGGGACUAUCGUCUAUUGUGCCCCUUUACUGUAUAGAUGGUUUAUUUUGCAUCUACCCAACAAAGGUCCUUUUGUUGAGAACAAAGAUAACUUGAAGUGUUCCCAAUGGAUCAUGUCCUUGAACGCCGAAGACAUUUCUUGGUAUUCUCGAAUCUACGACGGUGUCAAGCUUAUCCUCAAAUGUGGAGAUUUUCCUAAUGUACCUCUUCUCGAUAUAAAAGAGGGAAUCAAUUACAAUCUGAGGUUAGCACUAUGA